GCCAUGGCCACAGUGGUGCCAAUCGCCUACCAGGCGAACACCUCCCUGGCGGUGCCGAACUGGCUGAACAAAGGGGACAAUGCGUGGCAGAUGGUGUCGGCCACCCUGGUGGGGCUCCAGAGCGUGCCGGGUCUGGUCGUCCUCUACGGCUCCAUCGUCAAGAAGAAGUGGGCGGUGAACUCUGCCUUCAUGGCCCUCUACGCCUUUGCGGCUGUCUGGAUCUGCUGGGUCACAUGGGCAUACAACAUGUCUUUCGGGGACCGCCUCCUCCCCUUCUGGGGGAAAGCCGGCCCCGCGCUGGGCCAAAAGUUCCUCGUGAACCAGGCCCAGCUGCCCGCCACACUUCACAAGUACCACAAUGGCACCAUCGAGACCUCCACCGCGAUGCCGUACUACCCGAUGGCAUCGAUGGUGUAUUUCCAGUGCGUGUUCGCAGCGAUCACGCUGAUUUUGUUGGCGGGUUCGCUCCUGGGGAGGAUGAAUUUCAUGGCGUGGAUGGUGUUUGUGCCGCUCUGGUUGACGUUUUCAUAUACAGUAGGGGCAUUCAGUCUGUGGGGAGGUGGAUUCUUGUUCCACUGGGGAGUGAUUGAUUAUUCAGGGGGAUAUGUAAUUCACUUGAGCUCUGGGAUUGCAGGCCUCACUGCCGCAUAUUGGGUGGGGCCAAGGUCGACACGGGAUAGAGAGAGGUUUCCACCGAACAACGUGCUGCUUACGUUGACUGGAGCGGGGCUUCUGUGGAUGGGUUGGGCGGGUUUUAAUGGAGGCGACCCUUACGCUGCUAACAUCGAUUCUUCCAUGGCAGUUCUCAACACCAACAUUUGUGCAGCUACCAGCCUUUUGGUCUGGACCUGCCUCGACGUCAUCUUCUUCAAGAAACCAUCUGUCAUCGGAGCCGUUCAGGGUAUGAUCACAGGCCUCGUCUGCAUCACUCCCGGAGCAGGCCUUGUCCAAGGUUGGGCCGCCAUCGCGAUGGGCGUCCUCUCGGGGAGCAUCCCAUGGGUCACGAUGAUGAUUGUCCACCGGCGCUCCCCCCUCCUCCAAACAAUCGACGACACCCUCGGCGUCUUCCACACCCACGCCGUGGCCGGCUUCAUCGGUGGCACCACCACCGGCCUCUUCGCCGAGCCCCAGCUCUGCGCCAUGUUUCUCGCCGUCACCAAUUCUCGAGGUGCAGUCUACGGACGCAGUGCGGGCGGCUUCCAGCUCCUGAAACAGCUAGUUGGAGCCGCCUUCAUCAUCGGAUGGAAUGCCGUGGUGACCACGAUCGUGUGCUUGUGUAUAAGAACGGUGAUGCCGUUGAGGAUGUCUGAGGAGCAGCUGAGCAUCGGAGAUGAUGCGGUGCAUGGAGAGGAGGCGUAUGCAUUGUGGGGUGAUGGGGAGAAGUUCGAUUCUAGUAAGCAUGGCUGGCAUUACUAUUCCGAUGAGACUCAGCAUCCGACGGUCAAGCCAUCGAGUGGGGUAACGCAGAAUCUCUAGGGGUGGGAUGGGAAUUUGGGAGAUUGUGAAGGGCAAAAUGCGGAUAAACUACUCUUGCUUUUUUUUCCUUUUUUUUUUUUGAUUUGUGCAGUGAAUUUUAGAGGGGCAGUGAUUCUCUAAGGUGGGGGUAAGAUGAGUGUUUGGACGAGGCAAGAUGGGGAUCUUGGUUUCAUUGGGGAUUGUUUGGUGUUUUGUAGAUAGUGGAUUGAUAUGGAAUAAGAAGGUAUUAGAAUGGUGAAAAAGAAAGAAGGUUUUUUUAAGGAAAAUGAGAAAAGAAAUGGAAUAUUAUAAUGAGGGGAAAUUAUAUAA